CCUAGACCUUUAAACGAACCGGAACACAACUGUCCACAUAAAACGGCACGCGCUACCGUAAACCGUGUCCAUUGCUACACGUGGUGUUUUACCGUUCGCCGCGCCAAGUCGUUGGUCUUUUUGCGCCCUCUCGCCGUUUCCGAAACCGAAUUCAACGUCAGUUUUUUUAUACUACUGUUGUAAAAAAAUUAAUACUCGAUACACAUUCACUCGGCUAACGAACCGCGCGGUGAUAUUUUUUUUUAUUCGUUCCAAGUUCGUUAAUGGUACUUCUCUAACCGCUACAAGAGUGUCGUGCAGCCGCAUAGGAGAUGCUUGUCGGGGCGUAUACGUUUGCACUUUUAGCUCUUCUGUGUUUCAGCAAGUCUUUCGGUGAAGAAAGCUAUGGAGACUUCCCAACAAACCCAAGUGGUGAUUUGGCAUCUUAUCACCAUGCAGGAGGUCACAACACCCACAGCGGCUACGGUGGGCACGGACACCACGGAGGCGGAGGCGGUGGCGGCGGUGGCGGCGGCCACGGCGGCGGCGAACACAUCCACAAAGGAGAAGUGAUCCAUCGGCACGUGCACGAGGGAAAAGUCGAACACAUCCACAAGCACGUGGGUCAUGCAGAACACGACCAUAAGCACGCCGGGCAUGCGCACCACGACCAUAAGCACACCGGUCACGCCGGCCACGACCAUAAGCACCACGGCGCUGCCGAACACAAGCACUCGCACUACGGUAAAGCCGAGCACGGCCACAAGCACGUGGGAUCCGGGGCGCAUUCGCACAAGCACAUCGGCGCUGCUGAACAUUCGCACAAUCACCACGGAAAGGCGGAGCACUCUCACAACCAUCACGGUCAAGCCGAGCACGCCCACAACCAUGUGGGACACGCGGAACACGGUCACAAGCACACUGGCCACGCUCAACACGCACACAAGCACCAUGGCUCAGCCGGCCACACUCACAAGCAUCUCGCUCACGCCAAACACGCUCACGCGCACGGCGGCCACGCCGACCACAACCACAAACAUCACGGAGGCGCGGAACACUCGCACGGUCAUCACGGCAACUUUGGCCACGGCCAUGAACACCACGGCAAAUCGCAGCAUCAUCACUCUCAUCAAGCUCAAGCUUCUCACGGUCAUAAACACUCGGGACACCACGCGCAUAAUCAUCACCACGGCGUGGACGGCCAUGGCGGCGGCGGCGGCGGUGGCGGCGGACACGGUCACGGCGGUUACUUGGUGAAGAGAAACGACGCCGAACAGCUGGCCAAUCUACAGACUGAGGGGCUGAGCAAGUUCUACAAGAAUGCCGCAGAACCCAUUAAGGUCGAGGGUGUACCAUUGGAAGAGAUGUUUAGCAAAGUCGAAAUUGCAGACUACGGUAGUACUAGUACCGGUGUAGUGGAGUUGGAGCGAUAAACCACUUCGAACAUGUACCUGUCUGCGUUUGCCACAAUAUCCACAUUUUAUAAUAUCUUAUUUUAAUAAUUAGGAACAACUAUAAUGUUAUGUUACAUUUUAAUAAUAGUAUUGUUAUUGUUAUUAUAGUUUGUGUUAUUAUUAUAUUUUGUUUUGCGUAUGCAUAAAUAUUUAUGUAUCUAUUUUACUAGUUAUAUAAAAUAUAAUAUAAAUUUAUUUUGUUACCAAUAGAAUAUAAUGUUAUAGAAUAAACUCAAUAGUGUUUUUUUUUUAAAUAUAAUAAUUGUCAGUAACAAUCCUGCGAUUAAUAUACUAGGUCAGCUUUUAAA